AUGCAGCUUGCCGGGAGUCAAGCUGACAGAUUUGCUUUCAUUGCUGAAUGGUAUGACCCAAAUGCUUCACUAUUCCGACGCUAUGAGCUUCUGUAUUAUCCGAACGAUGGAUCAGUGGAAAUGUAUGAUGUGAAGAACCAUCGCACGUUUCUGAAGCGCACCAAGUAUGACAGCUUACACCUUGAGGAUUUAUUUGUGGGCAACAAAAUUACUGUUUUUUCUCGUCAUCUUUCUUUAGUAGACUAUGGGGAUCAAUACACAGCCCGUAAGCUGGGCAGCCGCAAGGAGAGAACGCUGGCUCUGAUUAAACCUGAUGCAAUACCCAAGUUGGGAGAGUUAAUUGAUAUCAUUAUUAAUGCAGGAUUUACAAUAACCAAGGCCAAGAUGAUGGUGCUUUCAAGAAAAGAAGCAAUUGACUUCUACGUAGACCAUCAAUCAAAACCUUUUUAUAAUGAGCUUCUCCAGUUUGUAACGAGUGGUCCCAUUGUUGCUAUGGAAAUCUUAGGAGAUGAUGCAGUGUCUAAAUGGAAAACGUUGCUAGGACCUGCAAACUCAGCAGUGGCUCAAACUGAUGCGCCAGACAGCAUUAGAGCAAACUUCGGACAUGAUGGCCUAAGAAAUGCAGCUCAUGGCCCAGAUUCAGUUGCUUCAGCUGCUCGAGAGCUGGAGUUGUUCUUUCCCUCCAGUGGAGGUCGGGGACCAGUGAACAGUGCACAAUUCACAAACUGUACUUGUUGCAUUAUUAAACCUCACGCAGUUAACGAAGGGCUCACUGGAAAGAUUAUAAAAGCCAUCAUCAGCGAAGGCUUCCAGAUCUCAGCUUUACAGAUGUUCAACAUGGAGCGUGCAAAUGUGGAAGAGUUCUAUGAGAUUUACAAAGGUGUUGUCGCUGAAUAUCUGGAGAUGGUUACUGAGCUGUGCUCAGGCCCUUGCAUAGCAAUGGAGAUUAUACAGCCCGAGCCUCCAAAAGUGUUCAGAGACUUCUGCGGGCCCUCUGAUCCUGAAAUAGCCCGUCAUCUCCGACCGGGAACUCUGCGCGCUGUCUUUGGGAAGAACAAGAUUCAGAAUGCUGUCCACUGCACAGACCUACCUGAAGAUGGUCUUUUGGAGGUGCAGUACUUUUUCAAGAUUCUGGACAACUAGCAGCCUCCAUCCGCACCCCCACCAAGGAAGCGGACACA